UACAGUUUUGUCUCUGCGGUUAAAAUUAAAAGCAACUUGAAUAUAAUGCAACUUAUUUAUGUAUGCUGUCAACUACAGAUGUCGUUCACAGAAAUUCGAAGCUUGUUAAUUACGAUCCAUUGUGCAAUAUAAAAAUGGAAAAAAUCUAAAAACAAAUUUGUUAAAUAGUUUGUAGAGACCAGAGAUGAGUGACACAUAUAUUACUCCCAAAAAUGGUGAGAAAUAUUUUCCUGGCCAUGUUGAAGGCAAAGGGUUUAAAGACAAGGCAACAGCAUUAAAAACUUUAGAAAUUUUUAAAGGUCGUGAUCCGUUAUUUCAACUUCGAAGCAUUCUUCUAUUGAAACAAUCAUGCCGAACGGCAUUACGGAGAGUUCGAAAUCCCAAAAAAGAAGAAAAUUUGAAGGAAGGCAUGGAAGUGUUUGAUAAAUGGCUAGAAAAUUAUCGAAAGACGAAAAUGAGUAAACAAAAUAAUUUAUAUAUACCAUUGCAUACUCUUGAAGGAUUUAUGCCUUUAUUAAAACAUUAUGACAUUGACAAUGUAUUUCUGGAUAUUUAUUUUAAUGAAUGCAAAGGUGAUUAUAAAAGGUUAAGGCAAAUAAAAGGCGAAAAUAAUGACAAUACUUGGGAUAUUGUACGUAAUACUGCAAUUAAAGAAUUGAAAGAACAAUCCGAAGAAAAUGAGGAACGCUUAUGGACCGAAGAUAUGAUUCCAUCUAAGAUUCAUGCAAAAAUGAUUUCGUGGGCUUAUAGUCCUCAUAAGGAAUUGCGACUGAGACCUCAACAAGUAUUGUUUGAAAAGAUUAACAAUAUUAUAUCCAAAUAAGAAUUUGUUUAUACUAUUCAUGAAAUGAUAGGUAUAUUAUAUCAGUGAAAUAAAUGGAUUUGGACAUUUAAA